CGAUUUGGAGAUGGGAAUACACAGACACUCAGACAGAAUCAGAAAUAGAGACACGGGAUUAAAUACUGAUCCGAUCUAAUCAAUUUACGGAACGGUUGCUUAUCCGAUCUAUAGAAUAAACAGAGACACUUCGCUCUGUGUAACCGUACAGUGAUAAGCCUUUUCUUCUCACAGUAUUCAAAUUGAGACCCAUUUUUCUGUGACGUAGCCGUGCGACUCUUGACUGACUAGUAUACACUGAACUAGAAUCUCUAACGUUCAUUGUACAAAAUGAUAUCGUAUCGAAUGUGAUUGAGGACAAAGUUUAUUGCGGGUCUAUACGAAUGAGGGGUCUUCGCUAAACAAUGCAGCGUAAAGGAUUUAUAUUAAGCUGUCAAUCGCAGUGUCCAGUGUUCGACAAAGAUAUCGGUGUUAUGUGAAAGUAACUAUUGAGAAUUAACGAAGGAUUAGAUUAUGCUUGCGCCGUCCGCCUUACAAAUAAGUAAACUGCAAGGGCGGCAGUGAGGGGCAAGUGAGCCCGAUGCCAAAAGCACGUCCACUAAUGAAAUUGAUAGCAAAACAAGCAGUAACUGAGCACGAUGAUCAUGAUGAUGGAGCACAUCAAACAGUUGAGAAACGGUGUCUAAAAAUGGGAACGCUGGAAACCAAAGUUACUUGCUGGAUGGCUUCUGGACUAGCCGACAUUAUUGUCUUCCCUCCGCUACAAAAAGCAGCAGCAAAACAAACAACAGGGGAAAAACUGUCAGCAGCGGCCGCCGCAAGAGGCGGUUCGACGUCAUCACAGAGAACACGUCUGAAGACGCUUGCUCCUCGACGACAGAAAUGAGCUUGAAAGUUAAGAAGAAUGCCGGGCGACAGCAGGAGCUUGAACGUCUUCCACUCCACAUUCUUGAAGUCAUGGCUGCCUCUUGGGAAAGCUGGUUCGCGAUCAUCUUGCCUUUAGCUCUUCUUCCGUUGCCAGUCUUUUACCGUACGGAUGCAGGAUGGUGCGCCUAUUUGAUGCUGAUUAUGGCAGCGUUAUGGACUACAGAAGCUCUUCCGUUGGCUGUAACUUCGUUGAUUCCUGUAGUUGCGUUCCCAUUGCUCGGUCUCAUGAGCUCCACUCAGGUAACACGAUUCUACCUCGAUGACAUCAGCUUUCUAAUGCUUACAUCCCUUUCGAUCGCGGCUGCCGUCGAAACCAGCAAUCUGCACACACGAAUCUCACUUCGGACGUUGCUCGUAAUUGGCACGAGUACAUACAGACUUUUGCUGGGCACAAUGAUGGUAACCAUGUUCUUGUCUAUGUGGAUCCCCAACACAGCGUCGGCUUCAAUAAUGGGGCCAGUCGCUCUGUCAAUAAUUGACCAGGUCUUCGACUCUGAGCUACCGACAAUGGAUCCGCUAGUCCACAAAGGGGGAAAUGGAAAGCAGGAAUCCCGAAAGGCUAACAGCCGUCAUUUCCAGGUGCGCGGUAUCAUGAUGUUAGCUGUCAUGUACGCGGCCAACGCAGGUGGAACAGGCUCUAUAAUAGGCACGGGUCCUAAUCUCGUACUCAAAGCGCAACUCGACACGCUGUACCCGAAUUCUACAGAAGUAACGUUCAGCAGUUGGAUGCUAUAUAAUUCUCCAGUAAUGUUGAUCAAUACACUAUUUGGCUUCGUCUUCUUGUCUAUACUUUUGAACAUUGCAUUAAAGAGUGUUAAGGUGAACGCGGACUCGGAAGCGGUAGUUCGGUAUAGCCUUGAAGAAAAAUACAACCGAUUAGGAUCUAUCACGUUCGCCGAAGCUUUUGUUAUGGGACUUUUGGCCUUUACGAUCGUCCUGUGGUUCUUGAUGCGACCGCAAUUCAUUCACGGAUGGGCCGAUUACCUACCCUACGGAAGAAUAAUCAAGCCGACAGCGCCCGCUCUGGGGCUAAUGCUGCUCUUUUUCAUCGUUCCUAAGAAUCCCUGGAGCAAAAAUUCUGAGAAGAUUCUGACGUGGCCAGUUCUCCAAAAGAAAAUGCAGUGGGGCGUAAUGUUAUUGCUUGGCGGAGGGCUGGCACUCGCGGACCUAUGCAAAUCGACUGGUCUUUCAAAGAUUAUCGCUGAUGAGCUUUUGCUGUUUCGAGGGGUGCCGCCAGUCGUCACAGUGUCUUGCCUUAGCUUCGCCGCGUCCAUGCUAACCGAAAUCACUUCAAAUACCGCAAUCUGCUCAAUCAUGCUCCCAGUCGUGGCGCAGAUAGCCAUAGCUCUCAGGGUACAUCCGCUGUAUCUGAUGAUGCCGAUUACAAUCUGUUGCUCGUUUUCGUUUAUGCUUCCAGCGGCUACUCCGGUCAAUGCGAUUGUCUACGAUCUUGCCCACAUGACUAUACCGCAAAUGGCAUUUCCCGGUAUCGUUAUGAACUGUAUUUGUGUUGCCAUAGAAAUACUAGCUAUCAACCUCUAUGGAGAUAAGGUGUACGGUCUGUCGACCUUCCCAAGUUGGGCCGAACCUGAACUACCGUCCGGGACCAAUGUCACCAUAGACCUUAAAUAAAUUUUGUUCUUCAAGUUUCAA